GGGACAAAUACCCAUGUUCUUAUCAGUCGGUGUUCGUUUAUUCAGUAGCGACUAUUUUGAAUGGAUAGGUAGUAUGUAUUUAUCAAAAAUGGUGAUUACCUCACGCAUUGUGUCUAAUGUUCUGGAUAAUUAAAAUCGUUUUAUUAACGCAAGUUGCAUCCACCCACGGUCUAUUCCAUGAGGGUGUCCUUGAUGGAGGUUUCUGUCAUCUUCAAGAUGUAGAACUAGAUUGGGAUGUUGCAUGUAGGUCCUAUCUAAAUGUCUCGGUUAGAUUUUCCGUAGUGGCAAGAGAAAACAAAAGCAACGAGACCGAACUGUCAAGUUGCAGAAGGCCAAGUAAUCAAGCAUGGAUAUGUGUUCCUAGUGAAUUAAUGUCAGCAACAUAUGAUUCAUUCAACGAUACAUUGAAGAUUAAAUUCACGUUUAACAAUUCCAUAUAUGGUGGACAUCUGUUGAGGAGCAAAACGUCGUGCAAUGGAAAGUCGAAGAUUGAACAUUUUCUUCUAAAAGCAUGCCUUUCAGGAUUUUCUGCAAAUUCAACGCUAUACAACGACGUUGCUGUCAUUAUAUAUUGUCAACAUACUUCAUUUAACUCUUCUGUCUCUCCAAUGAGGAUAAAAUUAAUCGGCAAAGAAGAAGAAUAUGGACAUUGUUUUCCAAAUUCAUGCCCCGAUAAGGGAUGCAAUACAAUAUCAAAUGGAGUGAAAUGCACUCUACCAUAUACAAAUCGAAAUAUGUAUCAGUGUAUAUUGGAUGGAGCAUUUUAUAACAUUAGUAAACCAACAAUACCAGAAAUUACACAGACGUCUUCAGAGAGCUCAAGUGUACCGCAAACUACGGCGACGACGCCAGUAAAAGGCUCCUUAUCACCAAUGAGUAUCACGGCAUCUAAAGAAACCUUACCAACUCCAAGCUAUCACGAUAUCACAAGGACGACUCAGUCUAGUUCAACAUCAAAAAGUCCAAAAGUAUCUCCAGAUGAAAUGUCACCGUCACAGGAAAACAUAGAGAGUGCAACAUCAUUGUCAUCAUCAUCAGAAAUCGAUGCAACACCAAAAAAUCCAAAUAACGAAACCAGUGGCAAACAGACACCAUUACGGAAGUCAAGGACGGUCUCUAUUAUUGCUGCACUUUGCCUUCUACAAAUAUAUAUAUACUACUACAUUUUCUCUUGAAGUCAGUGUAAAGAAAACCCUACAAAUACUUUUGGUUCGUUUUUUCACCUAACGAGACAUUGGUAUUUUCUUUCAUUCCGUGUGGUUGUUAUUUCAGUAAAACAAAAUAUAUAAUGCUGUAGAAUAACUCGUAUAUAACUCCAAGUGUAUACUCUUGCCGAAUAACCUUUUAAUGUUCAUAGAAAAUUAUGUCAUUAAAAAUGACUAAUUUAUAGAUCUUUACAUUAAUAUUCAUCUUCUAUAUGCCCAUUUUUUUAAAGAUGUAAUUUAAUGAUGUUAAAAAAAUUAUACGUUUUUUCAUGAUGACAGCAUGCUAUGUUAAAACAAGUUUAAUAAGAGAAAUGUUGUCAAUGUCACAGCGAACCGGGGUUUUGUUUUGUGUAAGCAGUAUCCAUUAUUUCUUUUGUAAACCUGAAUUGAUAAACAUUACCUAUACAAAAAAAUGUGGUUUUCUAUAUGCAAUACUUUUGCUAAAAAUAAAUGUUCAAAAGCUAGUAUUUUCUAAAAUAAAUAAUCAGACGAUCACACCUUGAAUAUAAGCAGAAGAGCCAAAUCCUCUCUUUAAGACUGUAGAAGGAGUUAUUCCACAAUAGAGUACAAUAUACGCCUACUCUAUAUGCAAUAUUUCGUCAAAAAUGACUAAUCUUAAACGCUAUUGUUACUCUUAUAAAUCAUUAGAAAUUAAAUUAAUAGCAAUAUGCCUAUAUUUAAUCUAUGUGCAAUUGAUCUGUAAAAGAACAACUUCCUAUCUUGAAAAAUGUAGGAGGGGUUAUACGUUCAAUAAGGUCCCCUUAGCUAAUUGUCCGCCUGUCCGUCGCCAUUUUCACAAUUUCAAUAACCGGAUAGAUCUUUUAGGAAACUCGGUUCAUAAAAUGAUAAGUAACACAACGAUUUGCUAUGAUUAAGUGUUUAUAUUGGGUAUACAAGGAGCAAUCUUUACAGGCGGUAAGAAGAAAAACGCAUUGCGUCAAACGGACAACAAGAAGUAACCCCGAGUGAACCUAAAGCAGACGCUGAACAAAUGUAACUCAAACUAUAUAUAUAUAUAUAUAUAUAUAUAUAUAUAUAUAUAUAUAUAUAUAUAUAUAUAUAUAUAUAUGAGUAGUUCUUUCAGUAGACUUUUUGUCGAAUUUUAAUUCAUAACUCAUUGUUUUAUAGUAAGAAACUCAGAGUAAAUCAGUAAACUAAAUAGUGAUAAGCUUUAAUACGCAGUUUUGUAUAAAAAUUAUAAUAUCUAAUGUUAUUUUGAAUUACUUUUUAUUUAUUUCUUUCACGUUGUAUAUGUUGCGUCUUUUUUCCUGGGUUGUAUUUUCUUCCUUUAUGACCGUUUACGUUAUCACAUUUUUCACCGUUAUCUUAAUCACCCUUCAUGUGAUCGCUGUUGACGCCAUCACAUUUUGUCCACGAACUUGUUUUGUAAAUACCACCAACUUUAUUGAUUUCCUUCUUUAUUAAAAUAAAAAUGAAAUACUCAUCAUUAAAAAUACAUUUCUUUGCAAAUUAGAAUAAUUAGUCAUGCUGUCUAUACAUUUGAACAAUAAAACAUUUUGAUGACAA